CACGCUAGAAAGCUGUUUUCCCUUUGCACUGGGAGAGCAGUUGGUGCUGUCCUUCCCCAAGCCCUCGCGGGAUGCCUUUCCAGCAAGGAUCUGCCCGGACGCGGCAGCGGACUGUCCUUCUGGUGGGAAUGGUGGUCCUGCUGGCCGCCCUCAUCCUCACCGUUGUGUUGGCCUCUGUCCUGACCCACGGGAAGCAGGAGGUUGGUCUGAAAAUGCUGAAUUGGACGGACAGAGGGACCACUAAGAAUUUGCAAGAAGUCGUCCUGGGAAGAUGCUACAGUUACGUCAUGGCGCGGUACCCAGAGCUGGGAGAUAAAGAUUGCCUAAAAAUAUGGGAAUCAUUAAAACAAGCAUUCAUUUACAAGAAUCCCUGUAAUAUUACACCAGAAGAUUAUCAGCCUUUAAUGGAGUUAGCAACUCAUCCUAUACCCUGUAACAAGUCACUGUUUUGGAGCAAGACAAAUGACCUCGCUCAUCGUUAUACAAAAUCCAAUCAAGAUUUCCUUACGUUGGAGGACACCUUGUUGGGUUAUAUGGCUGACAGGGUUUCAUGGUGUGGAGACCCCUCUGACCCAGGAAUCAACUAUGAAUCUUGUCCAAAACGAAGUGAAUGUGAGAGCAACCCUAGCUCUGUAUUCUGGAAAAUGGCAUCCAAGUUGUUUGCAGAAGCAGCAUGUGGUGUUGUUCAGGUGAUGCUCAAUGGAUCAAUAGAAGCUGGAGCUUUCAAAAGCAGCAGCAUUUUUGGAAGUAUUGAGAUCUUUAAUCUAAAUCCAGACAAAGUCUCUGCAGUACACAUUUGGCUUAUGCAUGACAUCGGUGGACCUCAGAGUGAAUCCUGCUCAGGUCAUUCAAUAAAGAGGUUAAAAAGCAUCUUAGAAGAGCGAAAUUUUAAGAUAACCUGUGAAGACGAUUACAGGCCAGUUCAGCUCCUUCAAUGUGUGCAUAACCCUGACCACGCAGACUGCAGGCCCUGCACCAACACCACAGCAAUUUCAUGAAACUAAGUGCUCCGAGCUGUUCAAGAUUUUCAUUACUUGCUUGUAAGGCUGGAAAAAGAUGUGGUUAUAUAGCUUAGAGUGGUAAAUAGUAGUGUGGUGUGUACAGAGUCUGUAACUAGAAAUCUUUCCUGUGAUACCAAUAGACAAGGAACAGGAGAUGAUACUUUAGGUGUGAUUACUGUAACACGCACACACAGAACCGUACUAUUUCAGAGGGACUGGGAACAUGUUUGGUGGUGAAGGGCAGGCACUUUGCCCUGAUUUGCUCCUGUACAGCUCCCUUUGCAUCUGAAGGGCCAGAGCAGGGCUCAGUGCUCAGUUUCCUCCCCACUGGAAGGCUGGUUGAGAAAUGACCAGAGUACACCACAUUGCAUCCCAGUGCAUCAUCCCCCAGAUGGGAGCAUUGCUCAGUGGCACGUGAUCUAAAUCAUGUUUCUCCCAGGGACUGUGGCACCCCUGGGCAGGUAAAGCAAGUGAUGGAAGUGGCAAGGCGGUUCUUUCCUUUUAAUGGGCAAAACAGUAUGUGGCUAGUGGGGAAAGAGCUGAGCUGAGCCAAGAAAAGACCAGAAAGCACUCAGAGGGUUGUCAGCAUCUCUAAGAAUAUGUCAAGUGUGUAGCUGGGGAGAUAAGAUAGCAAGACUGACUCAGACAGACCCAUUAAAACCCUACUGGAAACAACAUUGCAGUUCAGAUUGCAUUUUAUUCUUACACUAAGUGUAAGCCUUCCCACUUUCAUAAACGGUUCCUUGGGCCACAGCUUGGCCAUAAACUGGAAUAGAGGCAAACAUCAAAAGAUUGCCACAAUAAGGAGACUGGCUUGACCUCUACUCCUGAGGUGAAAGGUGAUGCCUUGUGGUGUAUAAUUAACAAGCACGGACAUGCGGCAGUGCACUGAAACUACAGGUUUCACUGAUCUCCUCUGAUUUCCAUUUUGCCAGUCUUGUAAGCAAACUCAAGUGAGGUGUUUAUAACAAAAAAAAAGAUUGAGGCCAGUUUAUGGCCUCAACUAUAGUGCCUUUUUGCAGUGCCACUGAUGCUAAGAGAACAGAGCAUGUUUUGCUACAGGUAUACUGCUAGGUGUCGCAAUGCCAGCAUAACCAGCAGUGGCCAAUUCAUUAGGCAGGCUCAGAUUUCCAUCAUCUUACGGCAGAAGGCUGUAAUGCUGUACGUUUUAGUGACUACCUAGAGUGUGAAGCGUCCUUAUGGAACUACACAAGCUGGUGUAAUUUCAAGCAUAUUGAAAUAAACCUUGGCUCUGUAACACGCAGGCCUGCACUGAGCAUAUCUAGACCACGCCUAAGACCUCACCCAUAAUGUUUCCUCUAAGUGAAAUGCAUUUGUAUUUGCGUUGUUAUGAAACUAUUUAGAUGCAUCAACGCAGACACAUACCAAUACUUUCAAAUAGGCUAUUUCUGACGAUAGGGCAAGAGUUCACUUUCAUGCUCACUUUUGUAGCUCUUGUAUUGUAAUAUGAAACGUUGAGUGUUAAAUCAAGAUCUAUAAUAAAAUCGCUGAUGGAUGACAAACAUUGUUACUUCAUUUUCACAUUCUACUUAACCUCAGGCUGAACAUGAAAGUAAGCCACCUCCUAAACAUAACUCAGAAAUUCAUUCAACAUAUGAAACUCCGCAUAUAUCCACCCAGGAAAGCAGAGAAAGGUCACAGUGCAUGUCCUGCUUGGACUGUACUCUUGCUGCCUCGCUCUCCAUCUCGUACAAAGAAGUCAUUGUGGCUGGAAGUGAAACAUCCUGUCUUUGUCUUGUACACAGACAUCCAGAUAUGUGUGUUUUUCUCAGCCAUAUAAGUUAAGAAAAAAUACUGUUCUUCUCAUGGGUUACAUAGUAAAAUGUUAAGAAAUCUGUGGUUUUGAAAGCUGAGGUGCGCACUUAAUAAAGGUAACUGUGCUGGACUAAAUGACAGCUUUGUAACACAGCUGUUUGGCAUGAACAUUGUCCCAGCAAAAAGUCUUUCCCUUAAAGUCAUGUGAAAAUGACACAUAUUUACAGGAAUUUACAUGAACAUGUGUCAUGAAAAUGACACAUAUUUAU